AAUACCAUGAGCAUGAGUUGGGCUGGCCUAUUUGCAGCCGAUGGCGAGGCAUUCGAUAUUAUGCAGGAAGGAGCAUUCAAGUUCUUUGGGAAAGGUCCCGAGUAUUCCGAAAUACCAAUGGCAUUAGCAGCCGGGAUCACUCAAUCUCCGUUACUGCUGGCACGAAGUUCUCUUGCUAUAGCGCUUUACUCCAUUUGGGUGUUAUUCACCCAUCCCAGAGCUGGAAGUAAAUACGCUCCGCCAUUUUACGAAUACCCGAUGCUUUUUGUUAAAGCAUUGAACGUCAUAUGGACUAUGGGCAUGGUGAUGGGGCCGGUGUUAUGGGCAGAAAUGUGAAUUCUUGCGACCUACAUGAAAUCAGUAGAGACUUUCGAUAUUAUGCCUCACGUAUUGCGUCACCCACGAUUAAUAUAUUCUUCCGACU